CACCGCCGUCUGUCUUCUGAAAAGGGGCGGGGUUGUGUUGUUCAUUUCCUGAUGUUAAAUAAAGUUUAUCAAGCUUGGUAUAGACAUGGGGGCAGUUACAGAUGAUGAAGUUAUUCGGAAGCGGCUUCUUAUUGACGGGGACGGGGCUGGAGAUGACCGCCGAAUCAAUGUGCUACUAAAGAGUUUCACCAAAUGGUGCAACUCGCCUGGAACCCCGGAGGAAGGAUUUACUCAGUAUCAGAGGAUGUUGGGGAUACUGGCCCAGUGUGAGUUCUCUAUGGGGAAGACGUUGAUGGUUUAUGACAUGAAUCUUCGAGAAAUGGAGAAUUAUGAGAAAAUCUACGCCGACAUAGGUAUGAAAUAUGGAUGUUUCUCACACUGGCCUGGAAUAUUUACAGUCCUCACCCCUUUAAAGUUUUUCCACAAGUUGAUCACUACACUAGCACAUUUGUAUUCACAAAAGAAAAGCUAUUUAGACCAUAUCUCUAUCUUUCUCUAUGCAUCUUCUAUGGUAUAUAGCAAACAUGAACUAUUGUUAGCUAAUUCAGUAUACUUAAUGUUAGAAAACGUAAGCAUAUGUGCAGCCCACAGUGUAACUCAUUGUAUCCAUAGCAGUGUAAUAUUUCCUCUUUCUUAUUAAGUUUACAUCUGUUCA